AUACAGGAUUUAGCUAAGCCGAGCCUGUCAAGAGUAGCGUUAGCUUUCCUUAUGGCCACUGAAUUCCCGUAUUGUGCAAGCUUAGACAGUGUGUCAUUGGUUCCCAAGGAAAACUGGCACAGCAAUAAACGACCUGCUGAUGAGCAAGAAUACUCUAAUGAGGUUGAAGUUCGUGCUAGUGUGGAGCCCUCAGAAGAUGAACUUGCUGAUCUGUCAAGAGCUUGUGACAAACUCUGGGAUCUAGAUUUAAAUCUUUUGGUACCUUGCAAAGACUAUGAAAUUGACUGUGGUGAAGGGAAAAAGGAAUACCAAAAGGAAGAUAUGGCACAGGGGAGCUUGUUUACUUGGGUUAGUGAUGAUGUAUUCAAAAAGCCUACAUUUGCUCGUUUUCUUUCACUUUUGGAUAACUACAAUCCACAUCAAGGAUGUAAGGAAGUAGUCACAUCUGAAGAGAGACAAGAGCAAGCUUCUUUCAUUGAAGAAAUCAGUAGAACAGCACCAAUUAAAUAUCUUCACAAGUAUCUUGCAUCCAAGGGAAUUGUAUCAGAGACUUGCCAAGAAUUCAAAAGAAUGAUUACCAGUCUGUGGUUUGACCUUUAUGGCCGUGGUGGCACUUCUGGUUCCUCUUCUGCUUUUGAACAUGUUUUUGUUGGAGAAACCAAACAAUGUGGUGAAGUUUCUGGCUUUCAUAACAUGCUGCAGCUAUGACCUCGUAUUUUUCUUUCUGCCUGUUUCUAAUUAUCCAUUCACAAUUCAUGCCAAAUUUAAGGUGUAUUAACUUGUUAUAUUCGAAGUCGUAUUUGAUGCUCUUUUCAACCAUCAUUAUUCCGUUACUACCAGUCUCAUUGGCUAACCAAUUACUUUAUUGUAUUUUUGCGGAUUAGUUUGCCUCUGUGCUGUCUAGUUUUAUUGUAAACAUGGCUCCUUGAAGAAUAAGUUCAAAGUUGAAAUUGCUAAGAAUACUUUGCAAUA